AUGUCAUCCAACAUAACUGUUCUCCUACCACCACUCUUGCCUGUCACCGAUAACGAUCAUAGUGCUUGGGUUAUCACCGUGAGCACUAUUCUACUUAUUAUCACUAUCCUCGCGACAACAGUGACGGUGAUAUCUCGCAUUCGCGUUUUGCGCAGAGUUUCCUGGAGCGAUUCAACUCUAUUUCUCAGUUGUAUCAUAUUUAUCCCUCAGACUGUGUGUGUGAAUGUAGCCAGCUCCCAUGGCAUUGGUAAGCAUCGACAUGCAUUAAGCAACAACUCAUUUGAAAAAUAUAGCAAGACAUUCUUCGCUAGCCAACUUCUUGCCAUUGCCGUCUUAGGAUGUUCCAAGGCCGCUGUUGCACUCCUCGUCCUGUCCUUGCAACCCUUUGAGAAAAUAACACUUGCAAGCAGGGUUGCUCUAGGCCUGAUCAGUACCUGGACUCUGGCAGCACUCAUAGUGCUCGGAAGACAGUGCAAGCAACCACAACCGUGGAACUCCAGCCCCGAACGAUGCGUGAAUCAAGAAGUUUUAUAUAUCGCGAUAGGAGGCACCCACAUGUUAUUAGACGUGGUAAUAAUUGUACUACCAGUGGCUCUACUACAUCAAGUGCAGAUAAUACGGUGGAAGCGCCACCAAAUCUCUGCCCUUUUUGCGCUGCGGAUCCUAGUUCUAGCCCUGACUAUUGCCGGCCUACGCUCCCUCCGACCACUAUAUAACCCCAAUCCCCUAGAUGAAACAUGGAAUGCCCUCAUGCCAGCCAUUUGGCUACAAUUAAUCCUCAGCUCUUCCAUUCUCUGCACAUGCCUCCCAACCCUCAAACGGGUCCUCGCCGAGCUCCAGACAGGCAUGAUGGCCGGUGUAGUUUCAGACUUUUUUGAACAAUCUAUCUCGGGUCACACGAACUCGGGGGAUCGAUCCGCAUCCAAGUCUGACAAUGCCGUUGGGCAGCGAUUGGGAUCGGGGUCGGCGUCCCACUCCCGAAUUCCAAGAGAAUCGCUCGAUGUCGAGCGUGUGGAUAGUCAAAAGAAACUGUGCGAAAUCCCCGUUGUGCAGCCGAUCAACUAUGAGGCUUUUUACGAAGAGCCUGGUUCUUCUAGAGCUUCGUCUUCCCAUAACCGUGGAAGCGAUGCUUUGAGCGUGUGUUCACAUGGUGGAAUUUAA